AUGCAGACGUCGGGCGGAGUACCUGCGCGCACAGACCUGCAGGUACCUGCAAACAGGAGUCGAAAUGGUGGAGUUGCGGCAUCUCGUAUUUGGGUUGGGAUUGAAGCCUGGGUUGAAGGGUUUUUCCAGGGGUUGGGCUUUCUCUUUUGGCAGAUUUCAGAGAAUACUAGGUGGGUGGGGAGAAGCGAUUUGAGGGCUUUGGUCCUGUGGGACUUUCAUUUUAUGUUGGGAGGUGUGUCUCAGGGCAGGGGUAUCUUGGCCCUUGCUUCCACGACCAUGGCUUCUAAGGCUAUAUCGGCUUCUAUAAUUUUGGCUAAGAUGGUUGUUGGUACAAGAAUUUGGCUUGGAGUUGGGGGAGGAUUUGGGAUUCAGGUGGCUUUAGUGAUGGAAGGCUUUUCUCUCUUCUUCCGGGCUUGGGGUUUUCUGGUUUUGGAAUAUUUUUUUGCUCGGAAUGUGUUCUCUACUUUUUCCUUUUCAGGGCUCUUCCUUCCAACCCCAUUCCUUCCUCCCUUGCUCCUUGGAUCUGUGGUGGAGAAAUGGCUUGGAAAGUUCAUAUUGUAUUUUGCAAAUUCUUCCGUUGUUGCCCAGUCAACUGCGAAAUGUGUUCCUGAAAAGUGUGGUUCGAUGAAUGUGAGUUACCCUUUCUGGAUUCACAAUUCCCAUUGUGGGCAUCCUCUUUUUCAGAUCAAUUGCACAAAGGAUGAAGAUACUGGGAUGCUCUCUCCAUACUUCACUGCCUUUCAAGCCAAUUCUACUGAUCGUGAGGGUAAUUCUACAUAUGUGGAUUUUAAACUCAACUCUUCGAAGAUUAUGAAGAUCGAUUAUGAAGGCCAUCUCGUCAUUGAUUCUACUCAUAUCAUUUCCGCAUCUUGUCUUGAAAGCAUUGGUUGGAGAAGCUACUUUGAGCUAUCUUCAGGUGGGCCUUUCACUCUUUCCAAAGACAAUAGGUUGGUGGUUAUGGGGAACCAAUCAUUCGGUACCUACAGUUUUGGGAAACUGGGAGAGGCCAGAUGUGUAACAAUGAACCUUCAAAAUGAUAAACCAUACUGCGACGAUGGCUGUUGUGAAAUUAACCUUCCAGAUAAUUUUCAAUUUAUAAAUUUCACGGGCGGAGGUGUGUCUCUAUUGACCAACGAAAGUGGUGUUGCUGUUUACUCCUGUGGCGUCUCCACCAUAAUGGACCCCUCCACCUUCACCAUUCUGAACACUACAAACUCGUCGAUAUCUUCUUAUGGUCUCCGCCUUAACUGGGGUAUCGGCCUUCAUAAUUGUUCCAGGGCUAAAGCAAAGGCCGAUUAUUCUUGCUCCUCCAAUGCCCAAUGCGUUGACUCCCCUUCAGGAAAAGGGUACGUAUGCAAAUGUCUCCCUGGAUAUGAAGGAAACGGUUACGCCAAUGGCACUGAUUGCACUGGUAAGAACUCACCAUUUCUAUUUAUUAAACAACCAUGUUCCUACAACUGUUCAUGUGCAAAUGGAUUUGUGGGAGAUGGCCUUACAAUUGGGACAGGAUGUAGAGGUGUUAACUCUCUACUUUUGUUAAUUAGAACCAUUGUUAAUCAUGUGUUCUCUUUUGCGAUCAUUUCUUUUUUAAAUAUCAAAGAUCCUAACGAGAAUGAUGAUGAAUCCUCAGAUAUAGACGAAUGUAGUCAUCCAGACAGGAACAAGUGCGUUGGAGAAAAGCAAGGUGGAAUAUGCCGUAAUUUUGUAGGUUCCUACAACUGUUCUUGUGCAAAAGGAUAUGUGGGAAAUGGCUUUAGAAAUGGGACAGGUUGCAUGUCGCCAACUUCAAAUCGACUUAUCUUUUCUGCAAUCGUAGGAUCCGUCUCCUCGUUUGUGGUUGCUUGUUUAGCAGCGUGUCUUUUGGUUUGGUGGCUAAAGAAACACCACUUGAAACUUGUGGAAGCCAAGUAUUUUCAGCUGUUGCAGCAGUACAUUGCUUCUACACUGGGGAGAGAAAGCCUGAGAAUUUUUUCUUCCAAAGAAUUGGCAAGAGCUUCUAAUUAUUAUUCAAAUGAAAUGUUGUUGGGAAGUGGUGGCUUUGGAACUGUGUUUAAAGGCAUUCUGUUAGAUGGUACUCUUGUUGCCAUUAAAAAAUCCAAGCAAGCUUUAAAUCUAAAGGAUGACCAUGAGUUUCUUAAUGAAGUCACAAUUCUCUCCCAAAUAAAUCACAGAAAUAUAGUGAAAGUGUUUGGAUGUUGCAUCCAAACUGAAUUCCCAAUGUUGGUAUGUGAAUUCGUUCCCAAUGGAACACUCUUUGACCAUUUACACUCCAAAGAGAAGUCUUUGCCUUGGGCAUCGCGUCUGCAGAUUGCAAUAGAGACGGGGGAGGCUUUGGCAUAUCUUCAUUCUGGAGCAUCUCAACCCAUUUUCCAUCGAGAUAUAAAAUCAUCUAAUAUUCUUUUGAAUGAGAGACUCUCUCCCAAAGUUGCAGACUUUGGGAUUUCCCGUCUCAUCUCAGCUUCCAAUAACACACAUGUCACCACUAAUAAUAUAAAGGGCACAUGGGGUUACUUGGAUCCCGAGUACUUUCGAACGUUUCAACUCACCGAAAAAAGUGAUGUGUACAGUUUUGGUGUAGUCCUAGUUGAGCUUUUAACAGCUCUGAAACCCAUCUCUCUAGAAAGGGACAGCGAGGAGAUGAGUUUAUCUAGUCUUUUUCUGUCCAGAUUCAACAACAAUCGCCUCACAGAGAUCUUAGAUAACAAAGUAUUGGAGGAGGAGAACAUGCAACAGAUGGAAGAUAUGGGAAGAAUUGCAAGAGAAUGCCUUCAUUUUGAAAGGAGGAAGAGACCGUCAAUGAAAGAGGUGGUGGAGGAACUUUCUAGGGUGAGGGGCGGGACAAGAAAAAUGGAAUUCGAUGGCAGUGAAAAAUGUGAGGACCCAAUAUUUGAGCAGACAAACAUUUCCAGAGAAGGAUCACAAAUGUCAUACAAAUUGAGGAGUUACACUUUUCCAUCUCCAGUUGGAAGUACGUCGGAGGAACCAUUCACUGCACUGCUUCAAAUGUCGACCCUCUGA